AUGAAGAAGAAGAGUACACAGAAUCGUAUUCAGACGGAAACCUCGAAUAGAAGUAACGCUUCCAUAGGCUCAGUAACUACUGAUCCCACCUCUGAGAAGCACAAUCGAGCUAGCAAGACAGAACAGCAAGCGAUAGCCAGAGCAAACCGAGCGAAGUCAAGAUCCAGAGAAAUGUCACCCUCCCAGACACAACCGACGUCGAACUUUACAUCGGGCCAGCCAACCAAUGCGACAUCCAAUAAUAUGAACGAUGAGCUACGCGCUCCACGUUCAACGGAGCUCGCGGUUGGUCAAGGGGGGAAUGGAGAGUCACAAAACAAGGAGUCAGCGGAUAUCACCACUACCGCGAGUUCCAAUGUCGGCGGCAGAACAGCAGAUCCUCCGAAUAGAAGAUCAACUUUCUUCAGGUGA